AGACUGAUAGACAGAUAAACAGGCUGAUAGAUAGAUAGAUGAGGUCUUAGACGUUCUGCUGACAUGGAGAAAACUGCCUCAAGCCUCUCCAGCUUAUCUGCUUGUUUUGAGUUCCACUUCCAUGGACAGACAUGCGGUGAGUCUAUAACAAGAACAGAAAUAAAGAACAUUUUAAGGUGAGAAUAUUCAAGCAAUUUAAAAGUCAUUUACUUUUUGUCGAGUUUCCUCAAAAGCCUGAAAGUUCGAGUGCAGAUAAAGUUCUUUCUUUUAAGAGUUCUUUUAGCCUAUCUGCUUGUGUGUAGGGUGAAAUGACAAAUUCCUUAAUGUAUUCUUUGUUAUUUAUUUUGAUGGAAAACACUGUCAGGCCGAAUCCUCCUGCUGGAUCCUUCGUGCACCGAUAGCUCUGGGAUGAUAAGUGAACCCACUGACCGAAAACGGGCAACAUGACAACAAUGGAUGUACCACUGGAUAAACUAAACAUUCGAUACAAGGAUGACGAUGGCACAGUGCUUUACGAGUCUUACAUACCUCCUUCUCGGGAUGCCGUCCAUCUCCCCAACUAUGUCAUCUACCUGAUCAUAGCCGUCUUCAUCGUGUUGUCUGUUCUUUACGCCAUCAUUGGCCACCUUAUCAAAGACCUCGUCCAUGAUUUUGCAGACUGCUUGCUUGGGGAGCAGCCUGAGGAAGUUGUGGUGAAUUAUUGUGAAGCCAAAGAUAAGUUUAUGGCAGACUGGUCCCCAGAAACAUCGCCUGAACUGGAGGCAAUGGCGCGGGCAGAGGAGAACAAGAUGAUGGACAUGGACUUCAUGAAAGCGCCUGCCAUCUGGAUCAUCUCCACAGAACCACAAGGCACCAGGAAAGGACCCCGUGUGGUUUUUGGGAAGAGGCCUUAGUUGUGUUGAUGAGAUAAUGAAAGCAUUUAAAGCUGAAUAUAUAUAUAUGCUCAUGAUGAAAUCAUUUAGAAGUUAUGUGAAGGUAUGUGCCUCUUACAUGGUUUAAGACGCUAAACAAUGAAUUGGUCUACCGGACAUCUUGUGUCUGCUUGUAGUUAUUGCAUCUAAUUUUUGAUAGUCUUUUAAAACAUCUAUCUAAACAUGACCUUCCAUAGACAUGCAUCAUUGAUAUUUACAGUGAAAAUGUGUUACUGUAACUUCAGAAAAUUAAUUUUUCCUCUAGAAAAUCUUUCCAGUUAGAAGGAUAUCACAUUGUUCCAGGGAUGGAUGUACCUGUUGUGUCCGGGUGUCUGUUUUUAUUAAAUAAUAACAAAUUACAAUGUCAAA